AGCCUAACUUCACAAUUCAAAUUGAAUUCCAACUUCUCGGCCCACCCCCCAGCGCCACUCCACUCCACUCUGCAGAUCGGAGUCUCCGACUCUCCGACACUGAUUGAGCGGCUUCCGGCCGUCCACCUCCGGUCUCGGCGGCUCGGCCACUCCCCACCCGAAUUCCCUCUCGGCCACUCCCCAGUCCCCACCUGAAACCCCUCUCGGCUCCUCUCCGCGGUCUCUGCCCAGUCCCCAAUCCUCACGGUGAGCAGCUUCUCAGCGGUCCGGCGCCCACCUCGGCCCCUCCAACGCUGUGUUCUUCUCCAGCCCACCGCCGCUCGCUGCGCCAAGUCGCCAACUCCGGCCGCUGCAGCAGGAUGUCGAUGAUGUUGAAAGUAGCUGUAACAUGAAAGACAUCUUUGAGGAUUACAGAAAUUGAUCGUUUCAAUAUUAGGAUUAUUAUGUUCUUUCUUAUUUUGGAUUGUUUGGUUUUAAAUGGAUUAUGAUGUUCUUAUUUAUUUUGGAUUGUUUAGUUUUAAAUGAAUUAUUGUGUAUUUUUUGUUCUUGAAUGAUUGUUGAAACUUUAGAUUGUAGGAUGUUCUUGAAUGAUUGUUGAAACUUUAGACAAAGUUCGUGUAUGCAAUUAACUUCUUUUUCUUCUUUUUCUCUUUUACUUUUUCUUUUCUAUCCUGCAUCUCUCCGUCUCUCACUCACCGGUUCUCUCGAUUCCUAAGAUCCGGCGUCUCUUCGCCGUCGACCACCACUACGACCACUCUCAUCUCUCUAUCCAAUUUCUCUCUCACUACCCCCGCUCCGUCCCAGCUCUGCAACCAGCAGUGCGCGACUGUGCCUCCCUCUCCUAGCCUUCCCUGUCGCCCCGCCCCGCCUCCUUCGGCCUCGGCAUCUCCGUCCUCUGACUCCGCAGAAGCAGCAGUUUCCAAAGCCCAAUUUCCGGUAUUUAAGUUGGUCUUUUAACUAUACAUGCUUUGGAUUCGUGAUGGGCUUGAGCAAAACUGAAGUGAAUUUGAGAAGGUUACUUGCAGCAGCUCCGCAGCAACAAAAUCAGGGAAAGCUUAUACAUUAUGUGGCCACUUUAAGAGAGCAACUGGAGCAAUUGGCUGAAGAGAGGACUCCUGAAGGUUUGCCAAGGGCUUCAAAAGCUCAGUUAAAUGAAUAUUCUGAGAAAAUUGAAGCUGUAGCAGCUAAAUUAGAUGUCACUGAGUCCAUUACUCAAGUUCAUCAGGAGCCGUCCUUUGAAACCAAGGUCAGAGAAUCCCCUACCACAUCUGACGGAGAAAGUAUUCAGUCUCCCAGAGGGCUGAGAAGGAGAUUUUUGCCCCCAUCGGGAGAUAGAUCCCCCAGUACUAACGAAGACAGUAAUAAUGCGAAGUCUGUCAAACUGGAUGCUGCAGCACAUGCUCAUAUUGAGAAACACAGACAACUACAAGAAGACUUGACGGAUGAAAUGGUUGGUUUGGCACGACAACUCAAAGAGAGUAGCCUUAUGAUGAGUCAAUCCAUAAAAAAUACCGAAAAGAUACUUGACUCAACUGAGACAGCGGUUGAGCACAGCUUGGCGAGCACUGGGCACGCAAACUCUCGUGCGAUGGAGGUUUAUUCGCAGAGUCUGAAAACAACGUGCUUUACAUGGUUGCUGAUCUUCGCCAUGACAUGCAUAUUUGUCAUGGUUGUGCUACUAAUUCGUGUUACUUAGGAUUUAGGAAUACCUUUUGGGGCAGCUGUAGAAUAUAAUUCAUGUUAUAUGUUAAAACUUUUUCAUUCUUGAGUGGCGUUUGGCAUCAAAAUCAUGUGCAUAGGUUUAAAGAGAAAAUAAAGAACAAAGUUUAGAAUGAGAAUCCAAGCAAUAUUGCUAGACAGAACUAUUCGUGGUUGAGAUGAUUCACAAGAUUUUCUUAAACACAUUGUUGAAAAGAAGUUUAUUAGUUUAUUAUUA